UUAAAGCCAGCGAGCUUCUCGCUGCCUCUGCCCUCCUGAUUCUGCGGUGUUCCUGGGGUAGGAGCAAAAUCCUCCAGACGAAUGUGAGCAGCUUCCGUUGGUGGAAGGGAGCAGAGCAGGAGGUGUUUGAAAUCCAGGAUACCUGGCGGUGUUUUUGGAAGUCCGGCUUUCUGGUGGACCUUGGGUGAUGUUCAGCUGGUGCCUGGGGUAACUUGGACCCUGACUGAAUGGCUCUGAGCAGAGGAGGUGUAGCCUUCUGGAACGGUUGUAUCUGCAGCCAGAGCAGUAGGAAACCCAUUCAAAAAUGGAGCCGAAGUCUCAGUCAGGCGUUUCACUGGCAACGGAUCUGUCAGACAUGUCCACUGAGCAGUGCUGCUUGGGCCCUGGCCCCCCCUAACAGCCUGAGAUAUCAGAAGAUGAGGCGACCACUGCUGUCCCAUCCACUCCACCAUGCUAGCCAGCAGAGCGAAAAUUGCUAUGAGGAGGACUGGGAGGAGUCCCACAGCUUGUGUGUACUGGUGCCACAGGAGAGGUUGAACAAAAUGCACAUGCUACUGAAGCUCCCUGCCUUCAGUCACAUUCAGCCAGAAGAUCUGAUUACUCUGGGGAGUCACAGCAGUGACACUGAGUUUUCCUUUCCAUUGACAACUGUGGAUGGCAGCAGAGAAGAUGACAUUAGCAUCGAGAGCCUCCAGAUGAAAAGAGCAGAUGUUCUAAAGCGACCCAAUGGCUGCAUCAAAAGCUGCUCUAUAACAGAGGAUUGUCUUGUGCCAUUCAUGUUUGGCUCUCAGUUUUAUUGUUUUCAUUGUCCUGCCACGCAUCUGGGAACUGGUAGAAUACUGAAAUCCUGCCACAGCAAUGGACUCAACAGGAUGACUGCUGAACUGCUGUUGCUGCCACCUACCUCUCUGUGCAGCCGCCUGAGCAGAGCAGAGGGCCAAGUGAGUGAAGGAGAAGGCGAAGAAGAGGAGAAAUUAGCCAUGAUGUACGAAAGACUGAGGCUGGAGCUUCCAAAUUUCUUUAUGACGAAUCACGACUACACAAUGUACUCAAAUGAUGUGGAAUUCAUCAAUGGACUGCUAAACAUCAGAAGCAGAGGUCUUUUGGUGUACCGGCUCACACUCUCCCUGUGGCGCUUCCUGUCCCUGUGUUACUACGCUGAGGCUCGGCUGGAUGUGCUGAAGCUCACCAAGCAUAUCGAGGACGGGACCAUCAAGGCUCGCUGGAGGAUCAAGGGCCUUCCCUUUCACUCUUUUCUGCUGCGCUUCUACCAGAAAGACAAAUCCCAUCUGUACAGGUCAUAUGAUGCAUUUUCGACUUUUUACAUUGGACACGAUGGACUCAUUCAUUGUCACAAAGUUGAAAAGGUGAUGCCAGCUCAGCCUCCUGUCCUUCCAAGGAUUAAUUCCCUCCUCACGGGGGCUCUAGUAGCGCUGGGGGUGCAAGAACACAGACCUGCUCUCAACCUACUUCCCCCCCUGUUGUCCUCAUUGCGGCAGAACAAAAACUGACAGUAGAAAACUAAGCAGGUGGAAGAAAUAGUUUGUAAGUUUAUUGUGUUCCUGAACCUGUCCAUUCACCCUUCCCUCUAUAAAGCACUUAAAAUGAAAACGUAAACUGAUUUGUUUUUGAUUGCUGUUGCCUGUCGGUUGGAUACAAAAUCAGGACUUUUCUCUGCUUUGCCUGUUUUAGUUCAGCUGUCUACUUGAACACAUAAUUGGGUUUUUGGAUGCUGACAUCACAUGGAUGUUGGUUGUACUAACGGGAAACCUGCUGUGUUUUCACAACAAUUGAAAGUACCAGAUUUUAAAAAUCUCACCAUUAAAAGCUUAGGAAUCAAUAUUUAAAUCUUGAAGGGAUCUAGUCAGCUUUAUGACCAGUUUUGUUUUGAGGAAUAAACAAAUGAAUGUGGAACGUUCUUCUGCAACAGUCAUCCAAAAGCAUAAGGUCUCUGAACACCUAUUUUAGAUGGGAGACCUUUUGGAAGAUAUUUGCCAAAGUGAUCGGUUUGUCGAUGUUUAAAUGCUACUUGUGUUAUUUAAGUGAUUGGAAGUUCAAACUAGCAAAAGCAGAAAGUAAUCAAAAGCAAAUAUGCAUUUAAUUUCAAACUGUCAGAAUUUUCUACCUGGAGCUGUUUAGAUCAUGAAGCAUUUCCUAAAGAUAUUUGCUACCCCUGAACACCACAACACUAAUCAUUCAGCAAUUCAUUCAGUCUUGUUGAAAAGGUAUUGCAGCUUUCUAAUGACAACACAAGCCACAAUACCUGGAUGUUUUGUUUCCUUACUGACUUCCUAUUGGCCGUCCAGCAGUAAUGUACAUUUACAACAGCGGACUUUGGAAAAUGAAGCUCUGGCCUGAGAAGACGUCCGAUAUUUGUAAAGCACUUUUAUUUGCUACAUUGUCCUAUAUUUCCUAAUCUGCCUGCAGUAUAGUGACUGACUGUCACAGACGGACUUGAUUUAAAACAUUUAGUCUGGAUUGUGUUUCAAUGAUCACAAUAACUCAAUGGCUGCUUUUAAAAGCCACCAGACAACACUUAUUGUGUAUGUGUGUGUAAAGUAUUUUUAACAAAUUAUUUAACAAAUAUGAUCUUCACCACAUCCAGUCUACAUGCAGGUAAAACAGCAAUCCAAAUCCGGGUUUAAGUGAAUCUAGAAUUUUGAUAUGGAGCAGUUCAGUGUCCCCAGUUUCCAACCCUUUGUUUCUGUGUCACUCAGUGAUGUUAUGAGAGCAAAUUAAUCUAACAAUGCACAUAUCUUACACAGUCCAAUAUUGUGUGCAUCAAGUACACAAUAAGUUAUGAAAUUCCAGCUGUUUAGAAUAAUUAACAACUGUGAAGAGUGGGACAACAGAGUAAAAGUUAGUUCUUGCCAUUACUUGAAAGGAAUCCACAUUAGGCACACAAAGGAAUCAGUCCAUUAAAGAUUUUAGUGACUGAGAUUCUUCAGUGUUCAUCGUGACUCAUACAAAUUCAUACAUCUUUCAAAGACAUGCUUUAUAAAACUGUAAAACAUGUUCUAAUAGUUAUUGUGCUACAUUGGUACUCUGCUGUGAUAAUCAGAUUAGCAAGUCUACAUGGGUUCUCUGCAUGUUCUAGAGUAAACUUUAGUGUGACUCCUGACUGAAAGAAUAAAAUUGUCUGAAUAACAUAA